AUGCCGCCGCGGAUACCGUGGUCGCUAUCGAGACCGCCGCCGAUAUCGCGACUGCUGAACGCCGCUGCUGAACCAACUCGACCGACACUCAUUACACCCCUUCGACGGCUCUUACCUUACCCCUCACACGAGCUCGGACCACCUCGACCAGGAGCACUCGGAUACCUCGGCCUCCGCCUCGCAUACAGCACCGACGCCCCCACUUACAAGUACAAGUAUGCGCGCUUCCCUGGCGACCCGUACUCUGAGCUUCCGGGCCCCGACCCCUCUCGACCGCCGUACACCGAGAAUGGCAAGCCUCUCCCUCCUCGACGACCAUUGCAGGGCCGACGAGCGCGGACAAUACCAGGCGUCAUGCCACUCAACGAUGCGUCCAAGGCGGAGCACAGGGCCGCAAGGGGCGGCAUCCAGCGCGUGGUCCGGCACGACGGCACGCCGCACCCGAUGUGGGUCUCGGAGCCAUCGACGACAUGGGGCAUAGCGCGCGAGCUCCUCCCUGGCGCGCGCAUGCGGUACCUCCUCAACCUCUCGUUCCGAGAACAGCAAGCUCUGCGUGGCAGCGCGAAUCCGCACGAACGAAGAAGAGGCCGCCUCGCCUUUGCGUGGACGCUGUUCUACUUCAUGUUCAUCCCGUGGGUCAUUGGCCAGCUCGUGUUCAUGUACGUCGGCACCAAGCCCGUCAUGUUCUGGGCGUGCAAGAGCACGGAAGGUGUCGGGUUCAGGCCGCUCGCGAGGUACAUUCUUCGCCAGAUCUGGACGGUGCGCCAUGGUUCGUCUGAGAGCAGGAAGGAGGAUAUCGAGGAACUCGCGAAGCACCGCCCGGAAGGCCUGUCGAGGGACCGGUACAAGGCUGAGCUCAUGGUGCGCUGGCGCAAGGCGUGCAAGCGUAUCGAGGAGCGAGGUAUCACGCCAAAGGAGUGGGAGCACGUCACCAGCCUGAACCUCGGGUGGAAGGAUGUUCUCCUUGGCCGCUUCGAGAACGAGCUCAACAAGGCUGCCGAGUCUUCGGACCCAGAGCCCGCUCCUCGCACACUGAAGGGCAUGGUGGAAGGCUUCUGGCGGCCUGAAGCCCAGGAGAAGGAGCAGGCCACCCCGCGCACCGCCUGA